AUGGACACGCAAGACGAGAAAGAUUUCGCUGAUAUCAUUCGGGUUUCACCGGCCCUAGAAGCAGGCUCUGCAGAACCUCGAGAGAGAGACAGAAGACUGUUGAGAAAGAUCGAUCUCCACGUUAUGCCUCUUCUUAUGAUUACUUAUGGGAUACAAUACUCUGACAAGAUCUCGCUCUCCUCCGGUGCGAUUUUCGAUUUGCGUCAAGAUACACACCUGGUCGGUAAUCAGUACGCCUGGCUGACAACUAUCUUCUACUUGGCCUACUUGAUUGGCGAAUUUCCUGUGGCUUAUCUCAUGCAACGAUUCCGUAUCGAUCGAAUUCUUGCGUACUGUGUGUUGGUAUGGGGUGUCUGUGUCCUCUGCUUGGCGGCAUGCAAUAACUUCCGAGACUGGGGUAUCCUCGGCUUCGCCGAGUCGACUGUGUCUCCUGGUUUCUUGAUCAUCGUGACUGCUUGGUAUAAACGAGAAGAGCAGACGAUCCGAGUUAUGCUAUUCUUUAUGAUGAACAGUGUUUUUUCACUAUGGGUGCUCAUGUGCUGCUACGGAAUUGUAUUCUUGGGCGCUUUGUCUUUCAUGUGGGGUUUCAUUAUGGUUCGGCAGCUGGGCACGCCCGCUCACGUCAAAUGGUUGACUGAAGAGCGGGAACUUCUUCGAGUCCGUUUGCUCUCUAAUAAAGAUGGCGAACAUGAAUCCGGAGUAAAGGUCAAAUGGAACCAGGUCUGGGAAUGCUUCAGAGAUCCUCAAAUAUACUUCCAAUUUGUCUUCAUGUUCCUCUUGUGCACGGCAUCGGGAGGUAUCACUUCGUUCUCUGCAAUCAUCGUAAACUCUUUUGGUUUCCCAGCCGCCGAAAGUUUGGCUCUUCAACUUCCUUGGUACUUCUUACAGACUUCGUUCAUCGUGGGAAUUAUCUUUAUUUUUCGCAAAUAUUCUCACAAGAAUUGGAGUCUUCUUAUCUCGAUCACAGCAAUGAUACCUGCGAUUAUUGGUAUAUUCCUUGAAGGAUUGCUUCCCAAAAGCGCCAAGUGGGGUCGAUUGAUCGGAUUCUGGAUCACGGGACCUUACGUCAUCUCUCAAUUCCUUAUGAUGACCACCUUCUCGCAAAACAUCGCUGGCAGGACCAAGAAAUCCGUAGCUCAAGCGUUGACAUUUGUCUCGUACUGCCUUGGAUUUUUAGUUGGACCCCAGUUCUUCUGGGCUAGCUCCGCUCCGGACUAUAAACCUGGUCUGUACACUACAGCUGUUUGUUUUGUAUUGAUAGAAGUAAUCUUGAUCUGUUGGUUCUUCUGGGCCAGAUCUGCUAACAAAGCUAGAGAUAGACUAGUCAGGGAGAAAGGGAUGUCUGAAGAAGCUGCAGAAGCAGAAGGUAGAAUGUUGGGAGUACAAGAUCUUACGGAUCGACAGAACCUUCACUUCCGAUACAGGUACUAG